UGACAGUUCAAAGGACACUGGAGUAGGGAGAGCACAGCCAGGGGGAAAAGGACAAGGAAGUCUACCCCAGAGCGUGAGCCCCAGGGAAAGAAGGCAAGAGGUUUCUCACAUCCCCUCCAGACGUUGAUGACCAAGAACUCCUAAAGCAUUAACCCCGCCUGGAGCAGAGGGCAGAACAAGAUGCUUAAAAGAGGCGCCACGGGAUUCCCUCCCCACCAGUCCUGGUUGCAACGCGUCUGCCCCGGCAGCCGUCUCAUCCUGGCUCUACUGGGAGUCAUCACCCUGAUGGGCCUCCUGACUGUCAUCUUUGGCGUCCUGGGCCGCAGGGCUGGCAGCGACCUGAAGAGGAUGGAGGUGGUGCUCCAGAAGGUCAAUGGCUCCAUCUCCACAGAGCUGAAGGCUCUGCAACAGAAGGAGACAGACGACUUGAAGACAUUGGCCAAGUUGGACCAGAUGGUGAAACGCCUGACUGACGAGAUGGACAAAGUGAAGUCGGACGUCAAGGGCAAAGUGGCCGGCCUGCGGAACACCCUCAAGGCUGUGAAUUGCAACCUGCAGGACAUCAAGAACAAUCGGACAGUUGGCAACGCACCCUGCUGCCUGGCAGGCUGGGAGUCCUUCAGCAGGAGUUGCUACUGGGUCUCCAAACAGGAGAAGUCCUGGGAGGAAGCCAAAGCUGACUGCGAGGACAAAGAUGCCCACCUGGUGACCAUCACCUCUUACGUGGAGCAGCAAUUUGUGGCCCUGCGCACGAAGCCUCGCUACACCUGGAUCGGCCUGUUCUACGCCAGCGGGAACUGGAAAUGGGUGGAUGGGACGACUUACACCGUUCGUAGAAUAGACUGGAAACCCGGACAUCCCUACACCUUUGGCCGCGACACAAACGAACGGACGAGAUGUGCCUACCUCCACCGGGAUGGGCUGUGGAGUGAAGGGCACAGCAGUCAGCGAUACAGCUGGGUGUGCGAAAUGAACCUCACAGGUUGAGCUCUGCCGAAGCACGGGCCGGAGGCACCGUUAGGAGGAGGAGGGCAGGAAAGGGGGGAGAGGGCUGCCUGGUGCAUGGCCAAUGGCCCUGAGAGAUCAUGAGCAAAUAAAUGCAUGGUUGUGUGGCA